AUGAUGGAAGAAAAGGGUGGAGAGGCAGGAAAUGAUCAGGGCUCUGGAUGGCUGCAAGUGAAAAAGAAGCAUAGAAGCAAUUCAAAGUUUUCUUUCCAAGGAUGGGUGGGAGGACUAUCUAGGAAACAGAAUUCAAACGUUAUAGUCCACGAGGCUUGUAAUGUACAACACAUGACUUCAAAUGUUAGCUCUAGUGAAUUGAAUUUAAGUAACAAGGACUCCCCUACACCUGAUUCGGAUGCUUCAAAUAGUACUCAAGUCCCUACUAAAGAUGAGAAGGGUGUGAACUACCUUGAUAAACGUGUAGUUAGCCAUGCUGAUGAUCAUAAAACCAGUCAUGAUCCAGAGCUUCCUCAAAUCGAUAAUCUUGAUGUUUUUCCAAAGAUUAAGUGGGGUAAUUUGGAUGAUGGUGCUUUGGUAUCAACUGUUGGCAACACUACUGGGAUUGACAUCAAAUUUGGUGAUAUUGAGGUUACAGAAGACGAUUCAGCAUCAAGUUUGCCACUUUCUACUGAACCUGUGAGGGAAGUUGUGCAAACCAUUGAAGAAGACACAAAAUCCCGGGAAUUUGAAGAGGUGAAGGAGGUAUCCUCAGAAGAGGUCAAAGUUGUUAGUCAAAAUGAUGAUGUUUCUCAAGAACUCGAUACGGGUUUAAAGAUUGAAAAUCUUGAAUCACAGGGAUCAGAAACUCUUAAAAAUUCAACCUUUUUGAAAGAUACCGAUACAACUACCGAGAUACCUAAAGAUUCUACCCCGAUUGAAAAUCCCGAUAAUAAAGAAACCACUUCAAUUCUGAAUGACUUAUCAGAAGUUCAUAUUAUGAGUGCAGUUGGACCCGGUGAAAUUGAAGCUGGGGAGAGUAAAGAACGGUUUCGCCAACGACUUUGGUGUUUUCUCUUUGAGAAUCUUAACCGGGCAGUUGACGAACUGUAUCUUCUAUGUGAACUAGAAUGCGAUAAAGAUCAAAUGAAAGAAGCUGUUCUUGUUCUUGAAGAAGCAGCAUCCGAUUUCAAAGACUUGAAUUCAAGAGUCCAAGAAUUUGAAAAAGUCAAAAAGUCAUCCGAUAAUCCACCAAUCACAAUGAAAUCCGAGCAACGAAGACCACACGCACUCUCAUGGGAGGUUCGCCGUAUGACAACCUCACCACACCGGGCCGAAAUACUGUCUUCAUCACUCGAAGCUUUCAAGAAAAUCCAACAAGAACGAGCCUCCAUGAACAAAGAUUCUAAUAAAACCGGGUUUCUUGAUUUGAAUAAACGCUCCACAAGAACCAAUAGAACAAGUAAUGCUAAAGAACAAGUGAAACGAACCGGGGUUGCAAUAAAAAGAAACACCGACCCGGGAAAGCACAAGAAAGAAACAACCGGAUCUUCAGAACCCGAGAAACCGGGCCCACGUAAAGACAACGUUAAAUCCACGGAUCAACCGAAUAAAAAACCGAAUUUCAUGUCUUCCAAAUUAAUGGAUGCAUGGAAGCAAAAAAGAAAUUGGGAAGAUAUACUAACAUCACCGUAUGCAUCGACCCGUUUUUCACAUUCCCCAGGCAUGGGGCGAAAAAGCACGGAGCGGGCCCGUAUCCUACACGAUAAAUUAAUGUCUCCCGACAAGAAGAAAAAAACAUCUCUCGAUUUAAAAAAAGAAGCCGAAGAAAAACACGCGCGUGCAACCCGUAUUAGAAACGAGCUUGAAAACGAGCGCUUACAGAAGCUUCAAAAAAGCACAAAAAAGCUUAACCGCGUGAACGAAUGGCAAGCGGUCCGUAGCACGCGGCUGCGUGAAGGGAUGCACGCGCGCCACCAGCGUAGCGAGACCCGCCACGAAGCUUUUUUAGCCCAGGUGGCGAGGCGGGCCGGGGACGAGAGCACAAAAGUUAAUGAAGUUCGGUUUAUUACUUCUUUAAAUGAAGAAAACAAGAAACUAAUGUUGUUACAAAAGUAUCAAGAUUCGGAGUCGAGAAGAGCGGAGAAGUUGAAAGAUAUGAAAUCGAAGCAGAAAGAGGAUAUGGCGAGAGAAGAAGCGGUUUUGGAAAGGAAGAAGCUUGUGGAAGCUGAAAAGAUGCAAAGGCUUGCAGAGACACAGAGGAAAAAGGAAGAAGCUUUGUUGAGAAGGGAAGAGGAAAGAAAGGCAUCAAGUGCAGCACGUGAAGCCAAAGUGAUGGAUCAGAUGAGGAGGCGAGAGGUUUUGGUGAAAGCCCAACAGGAAGAGGCUGAGCUUUUGGCUCAGAAGUUGGCUGAAAGGCUUAGGGAAAGUGAACAGAGGAGAAAGUUUUAUUUGGAGCAAAUUAGGGAGAGGGCUUCCAUGGAUUUUAGGGAUCAAACUUCGCCUUUGUUGAGACGGUUUUUGAAUAAAGAGGAGGGCGGUGAAGGGGCGGUGGUUGCUGGCGGGAAUGUGGCGGUGCAGCAGUCGUUGAAGAGGAGGAUUAAGAAGCUUAGGCAGAGGUUAAUGGCUUUGAAGCAUGAGUUGUCGGAGGUGUUUAUUGGUGGUGAAAGUAGGGCGGCGGUUGGAACUGCACGGGCGAAAAUUGGGCGGUGGCUUCAAGAGCUUCAAAGACAUCGGCAGGCUAGGAAAGAAGGGGCGGCGAGUAUUGGCCUUGUAACUUCUGAUAUAAUUAAGUUUUUGGAGGGAAAGGAGCCUGAGCUGCAUGCUUCUCGCCAAGCUGGACUUGUUGAUUUUAUUGCUUCAGCUCUACCAGCAUCACACACAUCCAAACCGGAAGCCAGCCAAGUAACAAUAUACUUCUUGAGACUCUUGAGGGUAAUAUUGUCAUUACCCGCAAACCGAAGCUACUUUCUUGCAGAAAACCUUCUACCACCAAUGAUACCCAUGUUAGCAGCUGCCCUUGAAAAUUUCAUCAAAAUCACAGCAUCAUCAUCAUCUUCAAACACCGCGGCUAGUAAAACCCUAAUCGAAAGUUCCGAUGCAAUAACAGAAGUUUUGGACGGGUCUCUGUGGACUGUGGCGGUGGUAAUCGGUCAUUCCGGUUCCGAUGAUCGCCAGAAUCAGAUGCAAGAUGGUUUGAUAGAGCUUGUGAUAGCGUAUCAAGUUAUUCAUCGAUUGAGGGAUCUUUUUGCGCUUUAUGAUCGGCCACAAGUGGAAGGCUCUCCUUUCCCUUCAUCGAUUCUUUUAGGUAUCAAUUUGUUGGUGAUAUCGAGUUCCAGAUUUGGGGUUGUGGGUUCCAUCGAUUGGGAAUCGUACAUGCCGGAGACUGAAACUCAAGAGAAUAAAUCUUCGGAAUCGGAAUCGCUGCAAGAUGUGCCGGAGGAUCGGCCGUUGGAUGAUUUAUGUAAUAAGAAGGAGGAGAAGAACACGGUGGUGGUGGAUGGUGAACAAAGGAAUGGAAUCAAAGGGGGACAUAAACAGCCUGUGGCAUAUCUUCUUUCUGCUAUAUCGGAAACAGGUUUAGUUUGUCUUCCAUCUUUGUUGACAGCUGUGUUAUUGCAGGCUAAUAACAGAUUGUCAUCUGAGCAGGGUUCAUAUGUUCUUCCGAGUAAUUUUGAGGAAGUCGCAACUGGGGUGCUGAAGGUCUUGAAUAAUUUAGCUUUGAUUGAUAUUAACUUCAUCCAGAUGAUGCUAGCAAGACCAGACCUAAAAAUGGAGUUUUUUCAUCUGAUGAGUUAUCUUCUUUCUCAUUGCACCACCAAGUGGGGAGCAGCUACAGAUCAGACUGGUUUGCUUCUGCUUGAAUCUUUGUUGCUUCUUGGAUACUUUGCCAUGUUCCACCCUGAGAAUCAAGCUGUACUUCGGUGGGGAAAGAGCCCCACCAUUCUUCACAAGGUGUGCGAUCUACCGUUUGUGUUCUUCAGUGACCCGGAGUUGAUGCCAGUGUUGGCUGGAACACUGGUAGCUGCAUGCUUCGGGAGUGAGCAGAACAAAGGAGUUGUCCAGCAAGAACUUAGCAUAGAGAUGCUUCUCUCCUUGCUCAAAUCCUGCAAAAAUGCUGCCUCCCAACUCAACUCUACUACCACUGCUACUGAUGAGUUGGCUGAGUCAACUCAGUCGGGUCCCGAGACAAGAAAACUUCAUGGUGGUGAAAAUAGCACCUCUCAAAGAUCAAAUCGGAUGAAUACAAGAAGCACACUACGACUCCAAUCAGGGAAAACUGGUUCUGGGCUUGGAAACACCAAUAAUAAUAAUAAUAAUAAUAAUAAUACAAGUCUCAAGAUUCGGAAUCAGAAAGAUAACAGCAACAAAUCAAGUAGUAGUAGUAGUAGUAAUAAUAAUAGGGUUUGUGAAUCCAAUUAUUCAGAAAGUUGCUCCAAUCUGAUGCUCCAUUCAAGAUUCCCCACUACCUUCAUUGACAGAGCAGAAUUCUUCUUUUCAACAGAAUCACCGCUUUAA